AACUGAACCGAAGGAUGGAAGGCGGAGGAAGGUUCUGAAGCGACUCGUCAAACCUCACCAUGCGAAACCGUGAUGAAAUUACGGGAAAGUGAGCCAAAAACGUGUCAAAUGCCUUUCUCCCCAUCGUAACCCAAUAAUCCCUCGCCGAAUCGCGAGCAUCCCAUUUCCAGCAGCCAAGUAUCUCGUUAAACUCCCAAUAGUGUUCGUAAAAACUGGCAAAACUGUGCUCCAAAGCACUUCCGCGAGCUUUCCCCCAGCGCAGAUCGUGUUUACCAUGUGAAAUAAACAAAUAAUCAAUUGUAAAUAGCCGAAUCGCGCGUACCUACAAUUACAAUCAGUGAAUGAAUACCGUUAAAUAAUGGAGGAAGUCAUCUCCGAGGUGAUUGUGCCCCCAAGUGCCGUGAAAGAGGAGCCAAUUGAGCCCAACAAUGAUGCCCAACAGUUGCAGAUGCAAGUGACAACGAACAACGAUGAGAACGAGGGUAGCAGAUGCACCCCCGAGAGUCGCGAGAGCGAAGUGAGAUAUUUCCUCUCAAAAUGCGUAUUUUGUAAUAAAUCAUUUACCUACGAGGAUGAGGCCAAAUUGUUGGAGUGUCUUCAUGCUGCAUGCGGUGGUUGUAUAAGUGCCAAAUUGAGUGAUCACAGUGUAUACGUUGAUUCGGAGGUCGUAUUGGAGGGUAAUAUCGUGUGUCCAAUAUGCAAUGUCGCGAGUCAGGGUGAAAAUCUGAUAGAGAAUCGUUUUCACACUAAAUUCAUCGACGAUGAGAUGAAUCAAACGUCCGACGAGGACGCGAACAAGGACGAGGAGGAGGAGAAAAAGUGCACGAGCUGCCAUGACAAUGCGACAGCAACAAGUUGGUGCGUCGAUUGCGAGGAGUUUAUCUGUCAGAAUUGCGUUAUGGCGCAUCAGAGAUUGAAAAUAACGAAGGAUCACACGAUCAAGCCGAAGGAGGAGGUCUCGAGGGACGGCGAGGGUGCCAAGAAGAGCGAUAAAAAAGCCCCGAGCUACCUGUUCUGCUCGGUCCACCCCCACGAGCAGUUGUCCCUGUUCUGUCAGACCUGCGAUCGCCUGACAUGUCGUGACUGUCAGCUGACUGAGCACAGGGAUCACAGAUACAAAUUCAUCCACGAAAUAGCUGCUGAAACGAAAACAUCGGUUCAAACACUUCUCAAAGAAGUCACGUACAAACGAGUGCUGCUGAAGAGUGCGAUGAAGGUGAUAGAGGAUCGUCAGGUUCUCAUAGUCGAAAAGAAGAAGAACCUAGUGCAGGACAUAACGCAGAUGGUGGUGCAGAUGACAAAUGCGAUAAACACGAGGGGGAAACAGUUGGUGAUGCGGCUGAACGAGGUAUGCGAUCAAAAACAAAAUACAUUGAACGAGAAGCGAAUAGCACUGGAUCAAUUGUCAAAGCUGACUGAUCACUGCAUUCAGUUCGUGACAUAUGCCCUUGAGAAAGGCUCGGACAUGGACUUUCUGUACUCGAAGAAAUCGGUGACAGGUCAUCUGCAGAGAAUAAAGAAUAGGCGAGCAGACAUUCCGAAUCCGGAGAUUCCAGUGAGAAUUCACUUGUCCCUGGAGAAGGUGGCAGACCUGAUAAAGGUCGUGUCCUCUAUAGGCUCGAUAUACGUUGACGGGAGGGUCUUUCCCUCGCAGUCCCCCUCGUCGGGUGCAAGCACGCCCACCACAACCCUUCCCACUGAUUUGCAAACAGAGCGCAAGCAAACACCCCCGGUUAACGCUCCAGCUGAGAGUCCAACAGUUCCACUGUUGCCUCUUCAACCUUCAAUUUCGACUCAAGUCAACACUUUUACCUCAGUGCCUAUGACAUUCACUCCUCAACCACCAAUGGUGAACCAGCCCCCACCACUGCCUCCAUCCCAGCCCCAAGCACCCCCUCAGCAUUAUCCCCCGCAGUAUUCAAUGCACACACUACCUCCAAGAUCCUCCCCACAGUCGCAACCCCCAAGACUACCGUACAACGUGAGCUACAACGGGGCCAUUCGCCACCAACUGAUGAUGCCCCAGCGUCCCCUGGGCAACUGCCACCAGCAGGUCACCUCCUCCACACAUCCCCAGCAGGUGCAGUUCGACCAGAUGGGGCAGAACGCCAAUCUCAGGGGGCUGUUGGCUCCCUUUCAGAGGGCAAUGCCCAACAUGGCCUACAGGCUGCCCCCUGGCUACCGAUACCCAGCUAAUAACGUUCAGAGACCAGUGGCACCUGCCACACAUACCUAUCAGCCCACAAAUCCAGCUCUGGUGUCCGGGGGCAGGGUCCAGCAGCUCAACCCAGCCCCCUCGAGCCAGAUCCAGAAUCCCUACCCCAAUUAUCAGCAGGCAGCUCGUUGGCAUAUCCCCCAGUCGGCCAAUCCUGGCGUGAAUUUUUUUCCCCAGAGACCCAUGACACAGGUCCACAUACCACCAGCUUCCCUCCCCAACGAGGCUUACAAAAUAAUGCUCAAGGCACAGCAGAACAACAACACCAUCAGCAACAACAACAACAACAACAAUAAUAUGAGUAGUAAUAUGAGUAGUAAUAUGAGUAGUGGGAUGAGCAAUGCUUCGAGUGGAAGCAGUCAGAAGAGUGCGGCGACUGGGGUGGCGAGUGGGGGGGAGACCCCGCAGGUCUCGACUCCUGGACAGACAGUGACGUCUUCGGUCCCUAAGACACCGAGUCCAGUGCCGGGAAAGGCAGACGAGACUGAAAAGAGUCUCGACAAGUUCUGUCAGAAGUCUCUCAACGACUUGAUGCUGACUAUCGCCAAGUUGGAUUCCAAUGGGAUUGUCGUGAUUCCGGAGGCCCAGAAAAAUCAGUUGGACUCUGCGCAGGUCGACAGUUCGACGGAUGAGGGGGUGAACAUGGACAGGGACAACUCGGAUGAGGGCUCCAAGGAGAUCGCUGCUUCCAUGACCAAGGACGAUCCCAAUGAGGACUGGUGCGCUGUCUGCAUGGACGGGGGCGAUGCUGUCUUGUGCUGUGACAAGUGCCCCAAGGUCUUUCAUCUUUACUGUCAUAUACCAGCGCUCAAGACAUUCCCGGAUGAGAGCGAAACCUGGCAGUGCAUGCUGUGCACCAAUGUGCUAGACACUUCUGACGAUCCACCCUCUGACAAACGGCCGCAUUUUAUGAGCGCUAAGGAAUUGAGAAUCGCGCAGAGAAUUGUGCUGGAGCUUUAUUGCCAGUAUGAACAGAGUCUUCCGUUUCGGGAAAUUGUGUCACCGGAGAUUGCAGAGUACCAUCGGAUCAUCAAAAAGCCAAUGGCUCUGGAUGUCAUCCGAGAGAAACUGAAAUCCGAUAGCGCCAAUCAUUACACUGAUUUGCGACAAGUGUUUGCUGACAUUAGACUGAUGUUUAAAAAUGCAUUUACCUAUAAUCCUGUGGAUUCUCAAGUCUACCAAGAAGCUCGCAAUCUCGAGGAAUUUUUUGAAAAAUUAUUACUGAAGUGGGUACCAAAUUACGCCUACGACGAUCCAUUCUUGACAACAGAUGCUGAUGAAGACGAGGAGGUGUUCCCCCCGAACAGAAAAUAUCGAAGAAUAAUCAACGAUUGACACUUGUGUCAUUUCUUUUAACACUGAAUAAUUUUUUCUGCUUAGCUGUAGACGAUUGAGCAAAAUACUGAAUGAUCGACAUGUUUAAUCUGGAUGGGCCAGGAUUGAUUUAUCCAUCAAUAUCAUUGUUAGUUCUCCGUUGUUAGCCGUUAAAAGUUAUCAAAAUAUUUUAUAACUGUGAAUCAAAACGUGAGAGGAGAAAUGGUCAGAGUAUGACAUUUUUUUUUCUGCAAUCGCGACAAUGACUGGUGUUCAAUGACGAGAAAUGAUAGAAAUAUGUAUACGUGUAAAAUGCACAUCGCGCCCUAUCCAUAUCUAUUUUAAUCCUUCAAACGAUUCAUUUGAUUAAUCGUGAAUUAUCCCGAUCCGUUGAUUUCGAGUAAGCAUCAUCAUAUAAACGAUAUUCAUUUAGCCUACCGAAUUAAUAUCCUCAUUUAGUUUAGACUGAUAAUUUAUUUCUCUCGCCGACAUGAAACAAAAAUUUGUAAACAUUUUUAUUGAAAUCAUAAUUUUACCGAGCAGUUGCUAUGUAGAGUAUUGUAAAUUCUGUUGAAUUCUGGUGAAAAAAAUAUUCAGCAAUUUAGUUGACUAUCAAUUGUUACUAUAGAAAUAAUAAAAUUUUGAAUUUUCGGUAUUAAUCGUCAGUUUACUUCUUCAAGUAAUGUUUACGCAUUAAGUCUCAAAUGAUUGGAUACAUGGUGUAUUUUUAUAUAUACAUAUAUAAAUAUAUAUAUAUAUUAUUAUGAA